AUGAAGCGUCUCAGAGCUGUGCAAGGUGUCAAUGCAUCGAUCCGAUCUUCCAAAAUAGCCCCACGAAGCUGCCGUCAGAUCUCAACGGCUCUUCAUCAGAAACGCGCCAGUAACCCCUCACCGCAUCCAUUUGUCCCACUCUCCACAUCAGCUUUGCCCCGAUCCAAAGUCACUUCUAGAAUAUCUACGCUCCCAAUUGCUCGCCAAGCCUCUUCCACUUCCUCUUCCUCGGCCGACAUUCUCCAGAAAACCCCCCUCUACGACCUCAAUCUCGCCCAUGGCGCAAAGAUGGUGCCAUUCGGUGGCUACCACAUGCCCGUCCAAUACUCCUCCCUGAGCGUUGUCGACUCCCACAAUUUCACACGCAGCCACGCCUCGCUCUUCGAUGUAAGCCAUAUGGUGCAACACCGCUUCUCUGGACCUGGCGUGACGGCCUUCCUCGAGAGAAUCACACCGUCUUCGCCUUCCGAACUGGCCCCGCAUCAUAGUGGAUUGAGCACGAUGCUCUGGCCUAUUACUGGCGGUAUUGUUGAUGAUACAAUAAUUACGCGGUUGGGCCCGGAAUUAUUCUAUUUGGUUACGAAUGCCGGAUGUAGGGAGAAGGAUAUGAAGUACUUUGAAGAUGAGUUGAAGCAGUUUUCCAAUGACGGAGGAAAGGAGGUUAAGUGGGAGGUAUUGAAGGAUUGGGGUUUGGUUGCUCUGCAAGGCCCGCUGAGCGAGGAGAUUUUAGAGGGGGUUUUGGCUGAUCCCCAGGAAAUAAAGUUGAAGGAGCUAUACUUUGGGCAGUCCAAAUAUAUGAAACUGAAGUUGCCAGGGUCGAACAUCUCGAGCCCUUGUUUGGUCAGUCGAGGUGGGUAUACCGGCGAAGAUGGUUUUGAGAUCUCCAUUCCGCCUGCCGAGGCGGUGGCUGUUACGGAAUCUCUGUUGCAGAGUGCGACGCCCGAGAAGCUGCAAUUGGCCGGGCUUGCAGCCAGGGAUAGUUUGAGACUCGAGGCGGGAAUGGCUCUAUAUGGGCAUGAUAUUGAUGAUUCUACUACGCCUGUAGAAGCAACUCUCGGUUGGGUCAUCGGGAAGAAUAGGAGAGCUUCUGGAGGAUUUCAUGGGGACGACCUCAUUUUGAAGCAGCUAUUGCCCAAGAAAGAAGGCGGAAUAGGGGUUCGCAGGCGCCGAGGGGGCCUGAUAGUUCAGGGACCGCCUGCUAGAGAAGGUGCGGAGAUUGUGGAUAGCGAGGGUAACAACAUUGGAGUUGUCACAAGUGGUUGCCCUAGUCCGACCUUGGGGAAGAAUAUCGCUAUGGGGUACCUCAAAACUGGAUUCCAUCGGUUGGGGACGGAAGUAGAGGUUAUUGUCAGAGGCAAGAAACGUCCGGCCAAGGUUACGAAAAUGACAUUCGUGCCGACUAAGUACCACAAGGGUCCAGCAUAG